ACAACGAUAUGAUCCGCCGUAUACGCGUACACGGCCGGCCGGCGCGCGCUCACAGGCAAGUAAGUAGAGCUAGCUAGGCCAACUGCGAAGAAAGAUGGAGAAUUCUGUCGGUGGCAAUUUUACUCCAUCUGACGGUAAUGGCUUACCCACACCAACGCGCCAAGCGGGGAUGGUUUGCACCUUGUUCGAUGGGGAUGAGGCGAAAUGUGAUGCUGUUGUUGGAGUAAAGAAAGCAAUGGCAUCUCUGUCAUUGAUUGGGUGUUUGUUUAUGAUAGGAGUAAUAUGGCUCUUCAAGAAGCACGUGGUUUUUGUGCAGCGUUUGAUCCUUUAUCUGACAAUCGCAGCGUUCUUUGAUAGCACAGCGUAUCUGAUGGCCAACGUGCAACCAGAUGGGCCGCUGUGUGACUUUGAGGCAUUCUGGCUCUCAUUCUGGGAUUGGGCUGUGUUGCUGUGGGUCACGUGUCUCACUGUCAACCUGUUCUUGAUUACUGUCAAAAUGAUCCGGAUGGACCGCUAUGAAAUACUAUACCAUGCCAUUUGUUGGACCGUCGCACUGGUUAUAUCUCUCCUUCCGCUGAUCGGAGAUAACUACGGGCCAGCCGGGGCAUGGUGCUGGAUAAAAGAGGAAUCAACUGCCUGGAGAUUCUUCACGUGGUAUGGUCCACUGUUCAUCAUCAUCAUAGCCAUGUUUAUCCUGUACAGUUACAUCAUCUUCAUCCUCAACAAAAAGGUCAAGAGUUGGCAGGGAACUUACGAGCCCGAGAUUGAGAGGAACCGGCAGAUCCUGAAGGCGGAGAUCCGCCCCCUCCAGGCAUACCCAUUCAUCUACUUAGCCCUGUCUGUCUUCCCUUUGAUAAACAGAAUACAGAAUGCAGCCAAUCCAGGUAAUCCCAUCUUUGCGCUGGUCAUCCUCCACGCCCUGACAUCGCCCUUGCAAGGGCUGGUCAACGCCGUGGUGUAUGGCUUAGAUCGAGAGACACGCAGCCGUCUGUCAUGGACACAGAUUAAGGUGAGCUUUUUGAGUCGCUUCACCAGGGAAACGCAGAUUAAGGAGUACCCUCUCCCGGAGAAGGCCGACCACCCACCGGCGCCCCUGGGGGACAAUGCUAGCGAGGGAGAUGAGCUGCGAUCGCCUGACGAGGUGCACGUCGCUGAGGGCGUUGGGGCAGAGGAGGGCGGGGGGAUGACAGCGGUGGAGCUGGCAGAGGAGAAGUAAGCCCCCGAGCGAGCUCAGAAACGUGCUAAGUGCAGACAGAUAUCUGCUCCAUAAAAAUGGGUCAGCAGUUACAAAGCCAUGGGGGUGUAUCCUUGCCAUAACUGGUGUCCUGUCAAUUUCGGCUCAGCUCAAAAAUUCAUUAAGCAAGAUUUUCUGUUGGAGAAUUAGAGUCUAGCGGUGGUCUUGGCCGCAAGGGAGAACCCAAAAAACCCUGAAACCCGUUCAUUACAUGGACAUUUCAUGAAAGUACUUUCAAUCCCACCGGAAUCUAUCCUUUUGCGUACUGUCUUAGAACAUGAAACUCAGUGAAUCAAAAACAAAAAAAAACAAAAUGGGCAUUCUGUUUACAGAUGGCUUCAUCAAACAUCAAAAGUCAGGACUUUCAUCUUUAGAAGCUCAAACUUCAAAGCAUUGAGUGCAGUAACAUGCAUGCAUGCUUGGUUUCAUUCUGGGUCUGACAUCGUUUGAACGCGAUUCUUGUAAAAACGCUCAAACAGAAACAUAUAAUUAGAUGCUAGUUGUUCUGCACUCAUAUUCCUCAUUAAGUAAACAUGUAUGUACAGUGUCUAUUGUCUUGACUGCGGUUUUUAUGCAUGUACUUUUCUCGUAUUGUAAAGUUUACCGACUCAGUAUCUACUCGGAACAAUUUAAAUUUGUAGUGUAUUGUGUAGUUUUAACCAUAACAUGUAAGAUGUUCUCCCUCAGUGUACACGUACAAGUGUUUGUAUGUACCUGUAUUCUGGUGUCUUGUAAUGGUCUCGUAAACUUGUAUGUGUCUUUGAAACUUUAAACAGUACUGUGACGAGUUUGCGCACAGCUGUUGAGGGUGCUGUGUGUGGUCCACUACCCAGAGCCAGGGUUGGUUUUUACUGCCUCGCAGCAACUUGGCACACAAACGUGUACGGAUUUUUGGGCUUUCAGUUGAGUGUGCACAGUAAUAUGCAAUUCAGAGGCACUGCCUGGUCUCAGAGGCAUGCAAAUAAGGGGAAAAUAGACGAAGGCUGGGCAAUUCUGAGUGGCGCAGCUAAUCGGUUGAUAUAAAGUUGCCUACUUGUAGUCUGUAAGGGGAACAAUAAAUUAACGGUGCUCGCAUAACGACCGUUGGCUUUCUUCGGAUGUUGAACCUCUGAAGGAAAAAGGCUACCAGGCCGCAGGGGCCAGUCUCAAGGAGUUCCUAACCCCAGACGUCACAGGCUCAAAAUCCCACUUCCAUGUCUUGUGUUCAAACCAGAAUCUUUCAUAAUUGAACAAGUGGUGCAUUUAAGUAACCUGCAAGUGUACACAUGUUUUUAGAAUCAGAUGUGUGAAGAUAUCAUCAUGGAACUAGAAACAUGUGACCCACUCUGAGAAAAGGUGUAUUAAGUCGUGCAAUGCGAAAAUGCGUAAUGGACCAUUCCAUGUGCCGAGGGUGACAAUAUUUGGAAAUAUUUUGAGGCCAACUGCUUGACCAGAAAACCUCUGUUGCUAAGGAAAACCAAGAGAGUGUCUAAUUUAAGUUAAAUGUUUCUGUUCGUUAUGUUUAUAGAGAGCAUUAUCUCAAAAGCAUGUGUGAUAAAAUGAAAUGAUAUGAAUAUGCACAUGGCAGAUGAGUCCAAAAUGCAAACUGCCACUGGGAUGAAUUAUAUAUCAAAUUCAAAAAAAUGUGACAUAAUACACCUUUAUGCAGAGCCCGUCACGUGUAUCGAGAACAAAGAAAAUACACGUACAUGUACUGUUGUAUUAAAAAAAGAACCAAUAACACUUCAGUGAUUGCUUUAUAAGCAACCUGAUAUGAGAAAUGCUAAAGUUUGAUCGCCAGUGUGGCCUUUAAACUGUAUUUGUCAAGAGUUAUAUUGAAAGAAUUACAGUGACUGUUAUCUGGCAAUUUUCAGCUUGAAAAAAAAAAUUUGGUUUGGAAAAAGCUGUCAGUUUAUUAUUUCUGGCUUGAGCUUAUUCAAAGAAAAAAACAAGAUUUUGUAAUCAUUGCCCGAGAAAAUGUAUUCUGUAACCUUGAAGUCUCUGACACCUAGAAUUUUCUUGAUUUAUCUCGGCAAAGAUUCUUCCGUAACUAGCCAAAAUCCCUCAGGAAACUAAACACUGAAGGCACAUUUUCUUUUUGUACGUAAAUUGACUCACUUAGCCUUAUGUAAGCGUAUGUUGCUGAAGCAGCAGUGUGUCAGUUACACUAACAGGUGUCAGGAUUAGCGGCCAUCAUCUUGCAGAAAAACAAGACAAAAGCAAUAUCAUACAUGAACAUGUAGUUGGUUAAACUAGUAAUCAAGACAGAUUAUGUACAGAUAGAGCAAGAUGGAUUUGGAUUGAGUAGUCUCACCUUUUUUAUACUAAAAAAUCAUGCUUAGUGCUAUGGUACAAAUAUGCUUAAAGAAAGUGUUGACUAAAACCCUAAUGUACAUAUUUACAGGAAAUAAAGGAGUUAUUUACAAUGAUAA